AUGUUCGGUGCAUCAGUUCGUUUAUUUCGCGAGGCAACUCAGACGUCUGGGAGGACAAUAUGCACUCGGCGCUCCUUCUCAUCAACGUUCCGUCCCAGAAAUCAGUAUGUGCGAUUUGGUGAGUCAGGAUCAGGGCCCAAGUCGCCUCGCAGAAGGACACAGUGGGAUGGGACUUUGAAGGUUGUCGUCGUGGGCCUCGGACUGUCCACUGCAUAUUAUGUUGCUCACCUGGAACAAGUACCAGAGACUGGUCGAUGGAGAUUCAUCGACGUUGGCCCCGACCUGGAAGCAAGUGUUGGUCGGGCUGCGAGUGCAGAGCUCCACGCGGAAUACCAAGCCAGGAUUCUACCACCGAACCACCGGCUGACCCUACAGGUCCAAGGCAUUGUACAACGCAUCCUAACGGCCUCCAAUCUCGGGAAAGUCAAAUCGUCUUACCCGCAAGCACACUUUGCUCCUCCUACCAAUCAAAAUAACGAUAGUAUAUGGUCGGGCAACGACGAUGCAUACGGCGUUGUGGCGAGCGAAGAACGAGACGUUGAUAGAGUGGCGCAACGGGAUUGGGAGGUUGUCGUUAUCAAUGACCAAAAGAUAGUGAACGCGGCGGCCAGCCCUGGACUCGUAUAUGUCUUCACUGGGAUGCUACCGAUAUCCCAGGACGAGAGUGGUCUGGCUGCUGUACUCUCGCAUGAGAUAGGUCACGUAGUCGCACGACACGUCCCCGAACGCAUCUCAUCACAGAAAGUGUUGUUCGUCAUCGCGUCCCUUCUCCAAUACGUAGGUGUCGACUUUGGCAUAUCUCGGCUGUUCACUACCUUCCUUCUCGAUCUACCAAAUACGCGGGCUCAGGAAAAAGAAGCGGAUGUUAUCGGUCUCAGACUAAUGUCCAAAGCGUGUUAUGACCCAAGUGCUGCCCCAAGGGUAUUCUCGAGGCUCGCAGAGUUUGAAAGUAAAUCUCAGAGGGUCAGGCUAGAGUUUCUCCAAACGCACCCUCUCACUGAACGACGCGUCGAGUAUCUCGAAGCGAUGCUACCAGAAGCGUACGCGAUCAUUGCUGGGAAUCCAGAGUGCUCUAUCAUGCAGCAACGAUUAGACGAGUUCCGAUCAGCCUCCGCCUUUAGAGUCCCCUUGUAG